UGUUACGUUAGCUCAGCCUUGGCAUAACAACAGCCAGCUUGCGUGUACUGCGAUCUCCUGAGCGUCAUCUGAUGUCAAAGUGAUCGCUUAAAAUGUUUGAUUAUCAUUAACAUUGUUUGUACAGGGUUCUGUGCUAACGUGGCAUCCGUGCGUACCAGCGACAUUGUUAAUCGGGGGGGGGCAAACUUAACGGUGAUCACUGAGCUAAAGCGUUACUGGCGUUAGCUGCGAAGCUAGCUAAUUGUAGUUAGCGAAGAAGAUGGGGUCCAUCCUGAGUCGUAGAAUCGCCGGAGUUGAGGAUAUAGAUAUCCAAGCCAAUUCGGCAUACCGAUUUCCACCUAAAUCAGGGAAUUAUUUUGCCAGCCAUUUCUUCAUGGGAGGGGAGAAAUUCGACACACCACAUCCAGAAGGCUACCUUUUUGGAGAGAACAUGGACCUCAAUUUCCUUGGAAACAGGCCUGUGCAGUUUCCAUACGUUACCCCAGCUCCUCAUGAGCCGGUGAAAACUCUACGCAGUCUGGUCAACAUCAGGAAGGAUUCUCUGCGUUUAGUCAGGUACAAAGAUGAUGCGGAUUCGCCCACGGAGGAGGAGGCAAAGCCCAAGGUGCUUUAUGGCGUGGAGUUCACCUUCGACGCUGAUGCCCGUGUCGCCAUCACGCUGUACUGCCAGGCCUUUGAGGAGUUCUCCAACGGGAUGGCCGCGUACAACCCAAAGAGUCCGCUUCUGGUGUCCGAAACUGUACACUACAAACGAGGCGUGAGCCAGCAGUUCUCCAUGCCGUCUUUCAAAAUAGACUUCAGCGAUUGGAAAGAAGAAGAUCUGAACUUUGACCUAGACCGGGGUGUAUUUCCAAUGGUCAUCCAGGCAGUGGUGGAUGAAGGGGAUGAUUGCUUGGGCCAUGCCCAUGUACUCCUUGCUGCGUUUGAAAGACAUGUUGAUGGCAGCUUCUCUGUCAAGCCCCUGAAACAGAAGCAAAUUGUCGACCGUGUGAGCUACCUGCUCCAGGAGAUCUACGGCAUUGAGAACAAGAAUAACCAGGAAACAAAGCCGUCAGACGACGAGAACAGCGACAACAGCAACGAGUGCGUGGUGUGUCUCUCGGAUCUGCGCGACACACUCAUCCUCCCCUGCAGGCACCUGUGUCUGUGCAACUCCUGCGCCGACACGCUCCGUUACCAGGCCAACAACUGUCCAAUAUGCCGACUGCCGUUCCGAGCCUUGCUGCAGAUCCGAGCGGUGCGGAAGAAACCCGGAGCACUGUCGCCCGUUUCCUUCAGCCCCGUGCUGGCCCAGACGAUGGACCACGACGAGCACUCCCAGAGCUCCGACUCGGUGCCCCCGGGCUUCGAGCCCAUCUCCCUGCUGGAGGCGCUGAACGGCCUGCGGUCCAUCUCGCCCGCCAACCCGUCCGCCCCGCUCUACGACGACAUCAACUUUUCCGGCGGCGGCGGCGGCGGUGAAAGCCGAGCCCUCAGCUCCCCGGAGCAUCUCAGCGACAGCGGCAGUCUGCAGAAGAGCAAAGUCAGCAAGUCCCCAGACAGCAGCACCUUGAGGUCCCCGUCCUCUCCCAUCCAAGAGGAGGACGAGGAGAAGCUGUCGGAGAUGUCCGACGCCCAGCCCAACCCGCUGCUGUCCAGCAGUCCCGCUCCAACCGAGGCCACGGGCGUGGAGGAUGUGGCCGAGUCGCUGUCCCCGGACGACGAGGAGGAGGAGGAAGAGGAGGAAGAGGAGGAGGAGGAGCGGCCUCACUCCCGAGAGGAGAUCCUCCAGGACUGCAUCAGCGAACACAGUAGCCUGACCAAGACGGAGAGCGACCCGCCCGGAGACCUCUCCCUGCCAGGUUACUCUCUAACAACGCAUGCAAAAGUCACGGUGUACUCUACUGUGCAGACAUUUGCUGCAAAAUUCACAUCCUAUUGUCAGCUUCCAGCAGCAGACAACCUCCAAUGGUUUGGCCUAACACCUGCAAGUUCGUCCGAGUCCACGGAGAGCCUGAAGAGCCAGAGCACGAACUGCUCCAGCCAGCCGCUCCUCUCGUCUCCCAGGAACAGCUUCCACUUGGAGGACGAGCACCACUGAGGCCUGACACGGCCCCUCCCCUCCGUACAUCACACACAGCACAGUCUCGCUUUUUAACCAUUUACCAGACCGCUCGUAUUAAUCGCCCUCUCAAUAACUACACCGGUUAUCUUUUUUAUAGGAUCUUUGUGUUGGGUUAUUUUUUGUAUUAUCAACGACUCUGAUGUCUGAAGGAUGACACAGGGAAGGAGCAGAUCUUUUUUUUUUCUUUCUUUUUUUUUUCCCUGUAUCUUUCGAACUGACACCUGGAAGGAAUUAGUUAUUCCUGCGUUGUACCUCUCCGGUGUAAAAUAUCAAUAGGCCCUUUUCUUGCUUUAGCUGCCAUCCUGACUGUCAGAUGUUCAGCCGUCUUGGAGGUUUGUUGUUUUCUAGUCAUGUGGAACCCAGAGAUAUGUCGCCACUUUCCAUGGUGGUGGUUAAGCACACUUAUUUUAACUCUGCUUCACAUUAAAUCCAGAAACAGAAAUAAACCCAAAAUGACUUUGGGUGUUUUGCAUUUGCCUUUAAAUAUGUUGACCGAUUCACCCAUUGAAAAAAAAAAAAAAAGUCUAAAAGUCGUUGACCAGAAUUCAGCGAGCAUACCGGUUGUCCAUACAGAACCAAUUUGUUCCCAUCUGAAAUCUUUUGUAAUGCAUUCCUUGUUGUAUAUGCCGUGUUAAGAAUUGUUUUGUUUUUAUUUUGAAUGAUGUGAUGUAUUCAUGUAUGUCUUUGUAUCAUACUGUAUCUUUACUAGAAUCCUGUGUAGUCAUUUACUAAACUGUAUUCUUGCAUAUUGUGUAGGGAUAAGGAAAAUUAUAUAUACUGGUAUCAACGUAUUGGGAAGUAGGCUCAGCACCUUGUACAUACUCCUUAAGGUUCAAAUCGAUAAGAGCUAUAAAGUUCAUGAGGUCAUUCUCAAAGCUAAACACAAAGAUUCAAACAAUAGGUCACUAAAAACCUACAACUAGCAUAUAUACCAGUGCUAUGUGUAUGCUAACUGUAAAUGGCACAAUAAGCGGGCUUGUAGAUCUGACAUUUGGAGUCUCCAUUGUGAUGCCAGCAUCAGCUUCUGUGAUGUCGCUGCAGGGUUAACUCAAGCCUUACUUCAACCUUUUCCUGUGUGUGUGUUUGCGUGGGUGUGUGUGUGUGUGCGAGUGUGUGCGUAUCACCAUGCAUAUGUAAAGAUUUGUGUGCCUUGAGUUGGUAAGGCUGAUUGUGGCAUUGGGUAUUGGGGUUCUUUGGACUGAUUUCCUAAACUGUCCAUGUCAGUUUUUUUUCUUUAAGUUUGCCAUUCAAUUUGUUAAGAAGCCCCAGUUUUCUAUUUUCCCAUCUCGAUGCAAUAUGAAAGUUACUUUUGCAACAUUAACAAUGCACCAGUUACUGUUUUGUCUCCAUGUAUCCAUGUUAUGCAUUUUAAUCCCAACAUGUGCGCCGUGUGUGUGUGGUUUGAUUGACAAGCACACUCAUCCAAUGCAACUUAAGCAACCAAUCAUUUAGCAUUGGGCUAACUCACGCAUGUAAACUCUCAGAACCGCUUUAGCCUCUUACCGCUUUUAUGAAACAACAUGCUCCUCUAUCCUCUUAUGUGCCAUUUCCAUCCUGAUACUGUGCCUUCCUCUUCCAACCACUAUUGACCUGGUAUCCAGGGUAACAGCAGUACGUGGUGUGUGGCUCUGCAUAACCAAUACCUGUCUUUUCAUAAAUGUAUAGCUGCAUGUGUAUAACAAUAAAGUCUGAUUCAAAACGAAUUCAAUGAUUGUGUUGGUAACUGUUAGUAAAGUCAUCUGUUUGUUUAAUUAUGCAUCCAUCUGUCUGUGUGUUUGUCUCCGGUUGUUCAUCAGUCACGUUUUAAUAUAAAAUCCCUCUGCUAAUUAUUUACCAAUCCUUAAGUCCAGGGGUUGUCAAACUUGCUUUGUCAGGUCAAAAUAACUCAGACCUGUGGAAUCACAUAAACGUUUGUCCUGGGCCAUCAUAUAAUUGUUUGCCCUUGGCCAUCAUAUUCUGAUUGUCAUGGGACAUCUUACAAUAGUUUGUCCUGGGCCAUCAUAAUCAUGUCUGUCCUGAUCCAUCAUAUGAAUGUUUUUCCUUGGACAUCAUAUUCAUGGUCAUCCUUGGCCUUUAUCUGUGGUCAUUGAGCUUUCCCCCUGCACUACAUACAAUUACCCCCUCCCUCUGGUGACGUCUGUUGGUAGUAGAUCCCUAUUUAGGGUUCAGGUACUCUGUUUGGUCCAGACUUAGUGUCUAUUUUCCGCUCUACCGUUAUAAACCACUAGCCUUUUCAAUUAGAUGUAGCAGUUAAAUUAUGGAUUCAGGCCUAUAUUCAACCUAUUGUCUCUUACAGUGAUGCAUGUAGGCAGUAUUACAUUAGAGAGAGUGUUUGUGUGAAUGUUGCUGUCAUUUGCUGGGCAUUCAAAUUCAGAUGCAGUCUAUUGAGUGGUUGUUGCUGACCUUAUAACUCAGUCCCAGCCAGUUAUAGUUUGUUAACAGCACCUUGAAGAAGACACCCGUCAGCAGCAAAAGAUCCCUCGCUGCCUCCAAGAUGCUCACCAGCCACUAGACUUAUUAUUAUUAAGUAAUCGCGGGGUCUAGGAUUAGGGUUCCUCUUUGGGUUAGGUUUCAGGGUUUGGUUUUUGGUUCCAGGGUUUGAAAAAGGGCUUUGUGUUUCUUCUUAGGCCUUUGUUUUUGUUUUCCCAUUUGGUUAAGUUUUAGGGUUUGUUUCAGGGUUUGGUUUUUGGUUCUAGGCUUUGGUUUUAGGAUUAUUGUUUCCUAUUCAGGUCAGGGUUUACUAUUGUGUUGGUUCUUUACCCCCUAUGUUUUAUUCGAUACAUUUCGACAGUGUUACCCCUUAUGGGUUUUUCAUGAUGACAGAUAAAACACAACAGUGUUAACCUUUACGUUUCAUUUGAUAAAAACAACAGUGUUACCCCUUAUGUUUUUUUCUCGUGAUGACUGAUGAAAAACAACAUUGUUACCCCUUAUAUUUUAUUUGACAAGGACACUAUUUUUUUUAAUAUUUUUUUCAUGACGACCAAUAAAAAAAGGAACAGUGUUGGCCCUUAUGGUUUUUUUCAUGACGACCAAAGAAAAACGACAGUGUCACCCCUCAUGUUUAAUUUGAU